ACCAUCAUUAGUAACAUUACGCUUCCCCUCCAUUAAAGGCCCUGAGAAAAACAAAAACGAUGUCAAAGAAAAAUGCAAUUUCCUAUGUGAAAAAUGAACCAGCUUUUAUACAAAAAUUUAAAGAGAACGUAGGAUACAAAGAAGAUGUAGACGUCAAUGCAAAGAGAGCAAAAAUGCCAGAUUUUGAUGAAGAUGAUGACUCACCAGAGAAGGAUGAUGAGAAACCAAUGGUUGUUGUUCUAAAGAAGGGAGAUCUCACUGCUGAUGAAGCAAACACUGAACAGAAAGUUCUAGACAGCAAAGCUGAUGAUGAAGCAAUUGCAGAUGGUAAAAUCACUUUUAAAAAGCCAGAGAAAAGAUCAAGUGAAUCAACAUCAGAUCUAAAUACAAGCUCAGCCGCCAAAAAGAAGAAAGACUCAAUCAAAGCUUUACAAUCAAACUCUAAAAAAGUGAAGGACAAAAAAUUAUUGUCGUUUGGAGAUGAAGAAGAUGAAGAUGACACUUAAUAUAAUUUGUUACUAUAUUUAUGUGUAAUUGAUGUGAAAUAUUUUUAAAAUACGUAAGAUGAAGUAAACUUUUUGGAAAUUGGUUGCGAAUAUUGUUAGGACUUGUCUACUGUGAGGAGAAAUGAGAGAUUGGAAAUCUGUUUAAUAAAGUGAAAACUAGAAAAUGUUUAUAAUGAUUACAGAUAUAUCAAGUAAUAUUGUAAGUCUAUUACUUGUAACCUAUUGUACUAACGUGAACUGAGAAAACAAUAAAAUGGACAAUUGAUGUAGCACAUCUAAUGAACAGGUUUAGUUUAUUCUUGAAAAAUGUAUGGUUGUCUAUUAAAUGCACUUCAUUUGAAUUCUGGUGGAUACUUGUCGCAUUGGCAACCAUACCUCAUCUUCUUCUGUUUUUUUUAUACAUGUAAUUAUGUUUAAAUUUGUAAAAAAAACCAGUGUCAUUCCUUCAUAUUAUACUUGUUAAAUCAUUAUGAUUAUUUUUUGAAAAUUUUGUUGUAAGAGUACUACAACUUACAAUUUUGUAUGUAUAUUUUGUAAUAUUAAUGUCUUUUAUAA